GAUAGUUGUAGCUCAUCUUCAACAACGAUGGCAACAACCUCAAAGGUAUUGUGCAGGUUGUCAUGUCGGGUGAAGCUUCUGUCUCAUGCUAAGCUCCCCAAGUUACCAUCAUCUUCCUCUUCACUCUCUCCCUCUGCACCACGCAUUACUCGCACCACUUCACGGUUACCGGUGGAGUUGGGUAGCAUUGGAUCGAUGAUGCCGUUGCAUAAUGCGGUAGCUUCAGCUCGAUUAGUAUCAAGUUUGUGCAUUACAUCUCAGACUUGGUGUUUAGUUCCUCAAGGUAUUUCCAUGCCUUUAUGAUGUUACCUAUCUGGAUUGUUGAUCGACAGGUUACAGUGACACAGAGACUAGGGUUAUGUUAUGUUUUCCUUUUGUUGCAAUUUUGAGGCUUCAUCCUUUAUCUUUGAGGAGAAUGCAGGACAAUUUGAUGUUGGUGACUUCUUCGACUGAUUCGGUCUAUCUUCAUGUAUUUCUAAAAUGAACUAUUUGAUAAUAUACUGUGCUGAAUCCUUGGUGGGUUCUAUUGCAGAUGAAGGCUUUGUAUUGGCCUAAAUAUAAACAAAACUCUGAAUUUGGUGGGUUCUAUUGCAUUAUUAAACAUUGAAUCUUGAGCCUGCCCACUCAGUUGGAUCAAACUAAUUGACAGGCUCAAUCUUAAACUUAGAUGGAUGCUUAAAUGAAUCGUUUCAAGACCUCUGGUUUUGUUGCUUUGUAAA